CUUUUCCUUAGCUCUCUUUUUAAAAAGCCUUCAAACUCCAAAACCAUUUCAGUUCUCACCUAAACAAAACCAUCUUUCUCUCCCUCAAUCUCGAGAAAUGUUCAUCAUAGCGAUGUCUCCAAAGAAGAGUAUCGUUUAGAUCAAACUCACAAAGUUUUUCCCUAACUUCAUUGAUCAUACUCCCAAAUUUCUUGAUCGAAUGGGUAGAUUAAAUCACAAAAAAUCCAAUCUAAAUUUCGUCACAAACACUUGGGUUUUAAUCCGUAUCACUUCUUGUUUUUCUUGAAAUCGCCAUGGAAGUUACUGAAAUCUUUCUUUCUUUUUUUCAAUUUUAAUUUUGAUUCCUAGAUCUUGGACGAGUCGAUCAUGGCGGAUCAAAGACCCAUUUCUUCUUUCCUUCCUUCACCACGGUUCUUUAAUGGCUUCUUCUCCCCCAAAACCCUGCAAGACUCACAACCAUCACCCACUUCGAUUCUCGACGCCAAUAAAAAUUCUGUCAACAACCCAUUUGAAAACAACAAAAACCGAAUCAAACCCAUGAAAAUCUUCGAGGAAAUCAAAAACCCAUCUGAGAAAUUCGAUCAUGAAGGUAUUGCGUUAGCACUAAUUGAUGAACAACCCAGUGAAACCAUUUGUAAACCCAAUACUAUUAGUCGGAAAGUUUUGUUCGCAUCAAAUCUCAAGAUUCAGAUUCCUGAUUCUCCCGGCGAUUACGGGAUCAAGACACGUAGCUCUCAGUUUUCCGGUACACCUGCCCCAACGCCGACGGGGUUCGGGUCCCCCCGAGGAUUUACUCGUCAGCUUUCUUUGAGGGAAAUGGAGCUUUCAGAGGAGUAUACCCGAGUGAUUUCUCAUGGCCCGAACCCAAAAACGACCCAUAUUUAUGAUAAUUGUGUUGUGGAGAGUUGUGGGGUAAUCGGGUCGACCCAUUUGAAGAAGCCUGGUCCGAAACCGCCAUGUGAGAGUUUUUUAAGCCUUUGUCAUACCUGCAAAAAGAAUCUUGAAGAAGACGCUGAUAUCUAUAUUUACAGGGGUGAGAAGGCUUUUUGUAGUGAAGAAUGUAGAUGCCAAGAAAUGGUUUUGGAUGGGUUGUUGAUGAACUCAUAAUAAUUAUUAUUGAAUGACUAUUUUGUCUUUUUUCUUGUAUUGUGUUGAAGUCCUAAUAGGGACUUAUAUUGAGGAGAUGGUGGGGAUUUUAAUAUGUUUGGUAUGAUUUGAUUGGAUUGGAUUGUAAUGUUUAGCAAGAAGGGUGGAUGCUUAUUGGGUGUUUUUUUGUUUUUGAUAUUUAAUUUUAGUUUUUUGUUUUACCAUUCCACUAUCCUUGUAAUUAUUUUGUAGACAAAGAAAAGGAAAAGGAGUUUGGUGAUGAUGUUA